GUGGUCCAGAUUAAAUCAAACCCAAGUCAUCAAUUAUUCAUCAUGAAAAAAAAAUAAUUAGAAAACACUUUAAUAAAUUAAAAAAUAAACUUAAGUUUCUGUAAAAACAAAAACAAAUAAUUAAUAAAAUACUUGCUUAAUAUAAAUAAAAAGUAUUUAUGUAAACAUAGAAAAAAAUUUUUUAUAUUUAUUUUUUUUAUAGUUAUGAAAUAAUGAGUAUUUUUCUAUUUUUAUUUUUACUCUGACGUAAUGUUAUUUCGAUGGAAAUAUAUUUUAAAAUAAUUUUUUUAAUUAGCUGAUAAUUAUUUGUUAAUUUUUAUAUUUUUAACAAUUUUAUUUACAUAAUUUUCUUGUAAAAUUAAAAAUACUUGUUCAUAUCAAAUCUAUGAUUUCUCCAAGGGUUGAAAUUAUUGUAAGAUAAAAAAAAAAAAAUCAGACAGAUUGGGGCGAAUAAAAUUUAAUAUACGACCUUGUUCUAUUGACAGAAAUAGUCAGACGACAGUGAGCUGCUGCUGCUGGCCCACCUUGUUUAUUUUUUAACAAAACACAAGGUUUUCAUCUGUCCCUGGAUGAGAUUAUCAAUCGAAUAUUAUACAUAAAAUAAACAAUUAAUUAUGGAACGUACACGAAUUAACGAACGAUUAUCAUAUGAUAAUGAAAAAAAUAAAUUACCACCUGAAAGUGAAUUUGGAAUUAAAAAAACAAUACUUGUUUUGGCUGUUGUUGCUGGAUGUUUUGCUAUAUUAUGGCCAAAAAUUUUUUAUCCAAUGAUAAUUGGACCAUCAUCAUAUACAUCAACUGAUAAAUCUGUAUGCUGUGAUUUGAUAUUCGAGAAUGAUGUUAAUACAGCUGAUAUACUACAAGAAAUGUGUAAAAAUAUUAUAAAACAUCAUCAAAUUGAUCCAAGAAUUCGUGAUGUUCUUAAAACAAAUAAAUUAACAUUACAAAGUUCAAAUUUUUGUCGUGAUGAAAUAUUAGCUAGAUGUGGAAUUGAUAUGUCUUCAUUUCUUGCUGAUAAAGAAAGAUUGGGAAAAAGUCAUAAACAAGUACUUGAAGAAAUACGUUCAUUUAAUAGUUCAAUAUGUUUAAAAAAUCAUUAUGGUGUAUCAUUAUCAAAGCUAGGAAUUCCACAUCUUAUAAGAUAUCAUAUAUUGAUGCCACACACACCAAUUAGACAAGAAAGAAAAGCACCGAUUCAUGCUGGUAAUUCACAUCCAGCAAUGAGAGAACGAGGAAGAGCAAUACCAGCAUCACAUAUUGUGCCAAAAGUUGAUGGUCGACCUGAUCAUGUUGUGCCAAAAAUGAGGCCACCAAUGGGUGGUGGUGGAGGUGGACGUGUUAUAAUGUCUUCUCAGGGUGGUGGUGGAGGUGGUGGAAGUAGCAUGGGUAUUAUCAUGCCACUUUACACCGUUGGAAUACUUGUAUUCUUUUUAUAUACAAUGGCCAAGGUUUUACGUAAAAAUUCAAAAAAUGAAAUACAUCAAGAUUAUAGAAAUAUUGAAGCUGAACGUGAAUUUCGUAAUCGUGUAUUUAAUCCAGCAGCAUUAGCAAGUGCAAUAACUGGUGCACCAUAUCCAAAAAAAGAAAAAACACCAGUACCAGCUAAACCAAUUAAAACAAUUGAAGAACUUAAAUCACUUGUUGAUGUGGCUCCAAAAUCUAUUUGUCUGCCAGGGAUUGUUGUUAUUCCCUUAAAGAUUGAUUGUAAUGAUGAAAAUUGUUGUCAAAUGCAGCAAAAUGAUAAUGAAAAAUGUGAAUUACCAUGUGGUAUUAAAAUGUCUGGUAUAAAAACAACAGCAUAUUCGAAAAGUGAACGAAAAAUAAGUAGACCAACGACUCCAGUAAUUCCACAAUCGAAAAAAGAUGACACUGAACGUGAACAAACUUCAACAAAUGAAGUUUUUCUUGAGGGUACAAUACCACCAAAUUGUGACUUAUUUGUCCUUGAUACUGAAACCCAAGAAGAAGAAAAUUCUCAAUGUGGUAUUAUUUUAUCAAGCAAAGUGACACUAUCACUCAUUGAUCACAAUGACAAUUUGUUUAUCAAAGGUGAAAAAAAUGGAGAUAUUUAUGUAAAAAAGAAAAAAAACAAGCCAGAAUUUGAAAAUGGAAAAAAUAAAAAGGUUGAUGAAGAAGAUGAAGAAGAUGAAGAUGAUGAUGAAGAAUUUAUUACAGCAAAACAAGAUAAAUCAAGAGAUGAAAUUGAAGAAGAUGAAGAAGAUGCUGAUCUUAGAACUGAAAAUAAUCCAUUUACACUAUCUGAUCAUCAUUAUGAGAUGAAAAAAAAAUUUGAUGAUGAACAAAAUGACAUUGACAGUGAUGAAAUAAGUAAUGAAAUUGAAGAUGAUGAUGAUCAAUUAGAUAAUGACAAUUUAAUUGUAAAUAUGAAAGAAGAAAAUAAAUUUAAAUCAAUGAAAAUUGAAAAUAUUGAAAGAAAUAAAAAUAAGAAAAUUGAAGAAGUCGAAGAUGAUGCUAGUGAAGAUGAAGAAUCGCCGAAAAAUAAACGAUAAAACGUAAUUUUUGUAUUUUAAAAAAUCAAAGCAUUAACUCAAUAUAAUAUCAAAUAGAUUAUUAAAAAUUUAUCAAAGUCUAGCGUAGUGAUUCAUUCAUAAAUAACGUAGCAUUUUCAGCGAUAAUAAUGUAUUUUACAUGGUAUUUAUACUGAAAAGAAAAAAAAGGAAAAAUAGAUUUAACAAAAAUUCUAGUCAAAGUUGAUAUAUUGUUAUGAAAUACAGCCAAUGAUAUUUACAAAAAAAAAAAAAAUACUCCAUAUUGUUAUCAACAUUCUCAUCAUCAUAAAAAUGUUAACAAUUUAUAAUUAAAAUAUAAAUAAAUUAUUUAAAAAUUGAUAUUUCAUUUAACAUACUAAAACAACAACCCUCAAGCAAUUUUAAAAUAAACUAUUAUUAUUAAAAAUAAAAGAAAAAAACUGUUUAUUUAUUGCAUAAUAUUUCGUAUGUACAAUCAAUAAAUUAUUGCAGCUAUUUUUAUCUAGUGCUCUUUUUAAAAAAAUUUAUAAUUUUUCAUAUAUUUUUUUCUCUCACCCACUGUUGAUGAAUUUUCAUCGUCGAUAAUAUAUCACUGUUGGUUAAGUAUUUAUACAUUUUUUCUUGAUAUUUAUUUGAAGGUCAUAUCCCAAAAUAAUCUAUCAAAAUGAAAAAUAUUUCUGAAUCAUCAACAACCAAACAGUCACCAAUUAUAUAAUUAUGUAUUAUAAAAAUAAACCAUUUUUUUUUUCGUUAUGACUAUUUAAUUUUGUCUGUUAUUUUAAAAACAAAUGGAUACAAAUCAUGAUGAUAAAAGCUGCCUGUUGCUUCAAGAGUUUUUAGAAUUUUAUGAUAAAAAAAAAAACAUUAAACCGAUAAGUUAUUUAAAUAAGAAGAAAAAAUAAAAAAGAGAAUAUACUGAUAAACUACUGACCCUAGAUCUCAGAAAUGAGCUAAACGAUAAUGUUUUAUUUACUGAAGCAAACACAUAUUUA